UGAGGACUGAUAUAAAGAGAUGAUGAACCGCAGUGACAGCGAGAACUUCGCCAGCAACUACUUCAAACCUAAGAGAGUCAACCAGUUGCUGGGCAUUGAGCCCCUUAAGGGACUGGCACCCCAGGGGAAUGGUACGCCUCACCCGAUCUCCAGCGGCUCUAAUAUCGGCCCCUCACUCAGCCCUGAAUCUCUCCUCCCUUGCCCCUUCCGCCUCGAGUCACUGGGGAUCACCCCAGCCAAUGGCAAGGUGAAGAGGAAGAAAAGCAAAACAUAGAGAGCUGGGCUACAGAGGCACUCUACUGUCACCACCUCCCCCAGUCUAUUCACCAUUUCUACCUGCCACCCUUUUUGACCACUAGAAACCUCACAAUUUGUUGGCUUGUUUAGGUAGAGUAUUUAAUUCAUCCACUGUGAUUGACCCUAGGUUGUUAGUAGUUCACUAUUGAACUUUCAGUAACCAGCAAUAUAAUGGCACUUUUACAUGGACACUUGGUCUGGCAAUGUGAUGCUUCGGGUGUUUAUAAUUUUUUUGCAACUUUUAAAUGUUAGCGAAGAUAAUGCCACACCAUAGUGCUUGCAGUGACUCUUAAUUCUGUGACACAAUGGUGAACCUUGAAUAUACUGUUUAUCACUGUUGUGGAUUUUGCUGCUCAUAUACUGUAAUUGUUAAUACAAUAUGUUUUCUGUA